UAUUACACAGUUUAAAAAAAAAAAAGCUUGUUUAUCUGUACAGGAAUGUCUGGUGAUCACAUUGUGUUUCCUCAGGUUCUUCUUCUUGCACUUGCAUCGGUAAGAACCGUGCGUUCCAGUAUUCGGAUGGUUCAUGUUUGUGCAGAACUGGCUUUAUCUUCUACAAUGAACUUGAUUUCAAAAGCUCUACCUCUGACAGUGAGCUGGACUGCCAGCCUGAGGUGAACAGACGGUGUGCCCCAGGAGAGGUCCGCUUGGCAGCAUCCAGAGAGUGCGUGUCACCAUCCCUUCACUCCUGUGAUAUCACCUGUGGACCGCACGGAGGGAGUCUGGAUGUGGAGAUGGGCAUCUGCAACUGUGAGCGAUACAUAUCUGCCGAGGAGAUUUGUAAUACUUCCUGCCUCUCCAGACUGCCUCAACUUUCUGCCCAGCUCAUGCCAGAUGGACACCUGCUGCUCAGCCUCAAAGAAAAAGACAGCAUGAUCUGGGCCAGGACCAUGAUGAAUGUUUUAGGGCCGGAUAUCCAUGCAAACCACAUUGGGAAAAUACAUUUGGUCCAGUUUGACCCUGAAGGAGUGUUUGGCUGGAUUCCAACUAACAAAGACCUUGUCAGCCAGUUUCUGUCAGAACCGAUCGAAGUCCUCAACACGAGACACAGAACUAGAAGAGACACAGAGGAAGAAAAUGAUGGACACCUUGCUGUCUUUCCACGCAUCCCCAACCCCAUAGCCUGUCUUUCGUCUGGUGACAUGCUCAUUUUUCAUCUCGCUAUCAACCACACCGACCGGCAUCUCAGCCACUUUCCACUGUAUCAAAAAGACCAUCUGUUCAACAGUAACCCCAGCUGGGACUUUGGUGCCUUCCGACAUUUGCAAAUACUCAUGAAACAGACAAACUUCAACUCUUCACGGUUUGCCCAUGUCUUUACAGAAACAGGAAAAUAUGUCUUUGUGGAUAACGCUGUCCCACAGUGGAGCAUGGUAGUGGUGGUCAGCGAACAGGGGACACAGUGUGAUCCCAGGGCUGCUGUAUUUCAACCUAUGACCCCGGCACAGCUGGUCAGAUAUGGGAUUGUGAAGCAACACAGACUCAAUCUUCUACCUGACUGGGGAAUGAUUGCUGGGAUCCUGAGUCUCCUGUUGCUUGCGGUUAUAGUCCUGACCACCACAGUUCUAGUACUGCGACCCGGCAAAGCAAAGCUUGUCUCCCAGUGGAGGACAAAGCCGAAGUGGCGCAGCCUUGGGGAGCCCUUCUGUCCAGUGGAGUGUGUUUGCAGCAAAGAAAGCAUAGCUGUCCCAAGCCAAGGUGGCCAUCUUGGUAGCAGAGGUGUAGGAGAAGGAGCGGAAGCAGAGGAACCUGCUAUUUCUAAGGGAGGAAGUGUGUUGGGGUGCUGCGAUUUGGAGGAGUUUAAUGUGAAGACUCUUUAUGACAAACUGGAGGACCAGAACCUCCACAUAGCCUCACAGCUGGCCCGGCACCGCAAAGACAUGCAGGAGUUUUAUAGAAACAUCUGUCAACAGACUGAAUCCCUCAAGAAUGUCUUUGAGAGUAUGGAUGAUAAGAAACUGAUCCUUCUUAAAGAGAUGCUAGUCCACAACGUAAUGAAGGAUAAGCCACCUCACAGCAGUGAGGGAGAGAGAGAUACACAAGCUGAGGCCUUUGUAUCAUUACUGGGAGCUGUUCUCAGGUCAGUGGAGGCUCUCUUAUGCAGGCUGACAGGAGAGUCUUGGCAGAGCCAGUAUUCGCCUGGGCCCCUCUAUUGUCAUUCUGGUCCUCAUGAUGUCAGUGAUCCGCAGGCUGGAUACAUGCAACCCAGUGACACCGACGUGUGCUAUACUCAGUUUUCAUCAGUGAAUAUGACCAAAGGAGGAUCUCUUCCCCUUUACCCAGUUCAUGCACGGAGCACAGCGCCUUGUCUAAGUGAUCACGACCUGUCCAAGCUGGUCUCUGUAUCUCCACUGUUCAAGACUCUGCAGGAGAUCCAGCACUCUCUUCAGAACCUUGCCAAAGAUGAGUCAAAUCAGCAUCCGCACAAUGCAGCCACGCAGCAUUCAGGCCAGGCAAACCCCGCUGGGCAACUCAUCCCUGCUCCUCUGGACAACCUCUCACCACAGCACUCAGCCAUUUUCCUAUUUGGCUGUCAGAUGAUGGAGUUGCUUUCAAACUGCCCCAUGUUCCCCAGUGUGCUUCUGCUACUGGCCAAGUCAAUCCCUUCGUCUAAUGAGAGUCUGCUGGCGCAUUGCUCUGGGGACUUUUAUUUCGAUGCGACCAAUCAAAUCCUUUAUCUGACAGAGGCAACACUCCAGCACGUGGGUCAUUUCACCGCUAUCAUCCUGCAGUCCAUGGCCUACAUAGCAUCAGGAUCCAAAGCCCAAAGCUUUAUGCAAGCUCUCCACGAAGCCAUUUCGGCUCUAAGCCUUCAACUGUUCAACUUUUCUUUCAAAUGGAGCAAAGCAGAGUCACAUUCUGAUGUAUCAGAGGGACGGCAUAGCACAUUAGUAAAGGAAUUUCUCAACAUUAGAGUUCCCACUGAAGCUCGCUUCACCGAACACCUAUUGGCCAGCAGGCUCAAGAGAUAUAAAUAUUUCAAGCUGGAGCAGCUUAUCACCAACAUCAAACAGAGUUCAGCUCAGGACUCAGAGACAGCCUCAAGCAGACGGGUGCCCCCAUGGUUACCACCAAAAGGGACACCAGUGCAGAUGUCAUGUAUAGAGGAAGAAAUUGACUGCAUGAAUGAGUCUUUCUUGCAGCUGAGCAUGCAGCUACAGAAGAGAGCUCAAAUAGAGAGAGAGGACAGUGCUGGAAACCAUUCUGCGGGGGCAACACCAGCGAGUGUGCCAAGCCUGAGUCGUAAUGGAACAAUCCUGCUGGAGCUGAAGAGACGCUAUGUAUCACAGCGCCUCAAUGAGCUCCAAAUCACAUUAGGCAAGAUCAGGCAGUGCCAGCAGCGCGACAUCAAGUCAAAAGAUGGAACAAGAGGCCGCGCACAAGUCGACAGGAGCGCUGCUCAGCGGGGGGAUCAUGAGCAUUAUCCAGGUGUAGAUGGCCACAGUCCUGCCUGUGACCGGUGGCAGGACAGUAUUUCAUCUGGCCAGAGUCACAGCCAACAACCCGUAGAGAGCAGAGGUCUUGGUAGCUAUAAAUUAGAGAGUCAUAUUCCUGACCAGCAGAGGAGGAACAGCGUCCAGGGCAAUAUCCUUGACAUAUUGCAGGACUGCCAGAUCCCAGAGGGACAAGAUCAUCUGCAUCUCGGUGUGUUUGGAAAACAGGAGCUAAACAGUCAGCUCACAAUAGAAAAUACAACUGGACAAACUGAUAUUGACGACUUGUGAGUGUCUGCUGAUCAGAAAGUGGAUCUGAAUGUCGAUAAAUGCUAAUUCUUAUACGGGCACUUCUGCCUUUUUGCGCUCUUUCAUGUUCGGCCUUUAUUAUCCAUUAUUAUAUGCGCGACCCGGCUGACCUGUGCCUUAACGUUCACCAGCUUUAAAACAAUUCGGCUGUGUCCUUUUCAAUUAUCUGUGCUAACAGACAGAAAUAAUUUCUGGCAGCAAGCAGUGGCCUGACACAAUCUGUCAUCUUGUCCAAAUAGUUUCUUAGUCAGGAGAUAAUACUGGCUUCAGCGAAGGGCUCUGUUCAUUACCAUAUUCUAAUCAGACAAUAAAGUUCAGCCGACUGAGCACGAGGUUGGUGUUUCUGUGCUGCUUUCUGAUUAUAACAGCGCCUGCCUUGUGUAGAGGUGACAACCCAUGUGUUUUUUGUGAAUAUUUAAUAUUAAAAUACAUUCAUUAUCUCCCCCUUUUAUCUGUCUCACACACAUGGACUGCCUUUACUCUCUGACCUCUUUUCAUUGUAGCGAGAUUUUUCUGUGACUAACAGACUAACCCAAGUGAACCUAACAUUCGGUGAACAACCUGAAAGCCAGUUGGAUCUGCUCCUGAAGAGAAGCCUAUGUUGCAUGACUGCUGCCUUCUUCUAGCUCAGUGGUUUAUCUGACACAUAGAGUUCUGGGUCUUAUAAUAGAAAGUCAGUAUUCCUACAGGGCCCUGUGUGCCAAAUCAGAAGGUCAGAUGGAACAAGUCUUCACUUACUAUCAGCGUUAGCUCAGAGCUCUGUGCCAAGUACCCCUGGCAGAAUUUGGCUCUGCCCAGUGGCUGUAUAUGGGUUUGUGUGUGUGUGUAGGGUGUGGUCCAGUGGCUCCAGUUGAUUAUUUGCCUCAUCAGUUAGAUUAGCUGAUAUGCCAGUGAUGUGGCAUGUGUGUCCAGCUCACAGCGGAGUGUGGCAUCGCAUAACUCCGCGCAGAGCCACACUGGAGUCAUGUGGGUGGAAAUCUUUGUGAAGUUCGGUAGUAAAACAUUAUGCUUGCUCUAGUUGCUUUGAUCAACACAGGCGUUAUUUUUAGGAACACUUGGCUUUGUGUGGUUUUUGUGUGUGUCUGUGUGUGUGUGUGUCAAGUGCUGCUGCAACUGUGAAAUUUCCCAGUUUAGGAUGAAUAAAGCAUCUAUCGGAAAUAAAGCAUCUAUCUAGACUAUCUAAGCUUUUUCUUGUUUGAUCGUCGCACAGUAAAAUACAAAAUAAAUAGUCAAAUGCAUUAAAACCAUGCAGACUUGCAAUAUAUUUAUUUGUGUGACAUUUUAAUCAUUUAUAAUUAAAAUAUUUCAUAUUGCAUCUGCAUGACAGAGUACAGCCAUAACAUUAUUGUGCAGGUCUCUCUUGUGCCUCCAAAAUGGUUGUGACUCAUCAGAGAAUGGAAAUGGGUCUUCUGAGUGGUGCCUGACAACAGACUGUUGUUAGGGGGGCCCAUGAAUACUUUUUACAGUUUGGGAUCUAGUGAAUUUUGGAGGCCAGGUCAAGGCCUUGUGCUGGUUUUUAUGUUUUUGAGUUGUUCCUAAUCUGUUUUGUGUGUGUGUGUG